AUGUGCCUCCAAGCGGUCCCGUCUCAGAGCGUCCGAUGCUACUCCAGGCCUCUCGCGCCUUGCGACUUCGUGGUGAAAGGAAGUGCAGGAGUUGUGCCACAGUAUCGCAUGGUGUCGUUUCUUGGAAACAAGCUGCUCAGCCGCACCCCCAUCAUCCACAAGUAUGUAAGAGAAGGUUAUGUUAUGUGCUUACUUGAUGAGUGA